AUGACAUCCUCAUCUCCAAGUACUGUAUUGGAGACGACGAAGACGAUCACACAAACACCAGCAGCGUCGAAAUCCGGGUCAUCCCCAGGGUCAACGCCGAGUGAGGAGAAAACAACAGCGAUCCAUAUAACAGAUGUUGCCACAAAGGACGCACUUCCCACACUUAUCUUGCAACCAGUUAAUCCGGUUGGGAAAGACGAUAAACGCGUGUGGACUCCGGUAUUGAUCAGCGUUGUUUCCGGGUCAUUUGGUUGUCUGGCUUUAAUACUCGUUGUGCUUUGUGUUGUGUACAUCAAAAGAAAGAAACGGUUUUCUCGUCUGGAAGAAAGUAACUCUUCGAAGAAUAGUACCUCAUCCGAACCCAACAGACACUUACCCAAUAUAUUUACAGAACAAUUACACCCAGGCUUAACGCCUAAAGCAAUGAAUUCAGACGCAGAGGACAACAGUGAUAAAGUAUUGAAAUCUUUCGGGGUAAUGCCAGAUUACGAAGAAGAUAUUUUUAAUAGACAAAGUUCAAUGCCAUUUAUACCUUGUGCCGAUUACGACGAUAAUCAAGCAGGGAACGCAGUAUUUUACAGGGAGGCACGCGCACAUCAGAAUAUCGAACAUCAAUUUACUAAUCCUAUUUACGAACCGUCUUCGUACAACCCGCACUCGACUUCAGACCCAAGACAGAACAAUGAGAGAUUAGAUAAACAUGAUCCAGUUUAUUGGCAACAACGCUACUCCAACAGACCAACACGGAAUGCGUCACGUGGAUCGCCCAAUAAAUUUGAGGAUCAACUUAACCGCCUGCAGAACGUGUACGGUCAUAAUUUCGACGGAGUCAGCAAAAGUCCUUACCAUUUGACGCAUUAA